AUGAAUCAGCUUCACCUCAUUGCAGCCAGCAUUGUUCUUCCGGGCAAUUUGAUGAUCCUUUUAUUUGGUGAUAGGCUUUUGGAUUUCUUGGAGUUGCUGAGCUUUUUGAAUCUAAGAUCUAAAGCUAUGGUCCCAGCAUAUCCCUGCAAAAAGUAUCUCAUUUUUGUCAUAAGGCCAUUGGGUGCUGUAGUUCCUGGAGUGUGGCAGGAGCUGCCGUUGCAAAGCUUGGAUAAUACAGGCUCAUCCUACACUUUUGUCCAGUGUGAUCUCUCGCUGUAUGCCCAUGUGCCUGCUUUCUCUGAAACUAACAAUAUUUCCUUUUACACAAGGCCCCCAGGCUAUAUUGAAAGCCAAAAUCUCACACCUGUCUCAGAAUUUCAUCUCAUCGGCUUCGCAGACAGCGCUGAACUCAGACGGUCCCUCCUCUUAGGGCUGUUCCUCUCCAUGUACCUGGUCACGGUGCUCGGGAACCUGCUCAUCAUCCUGGCUGUCACCUCUGACUCCCACCUGCACACACCCAUGUACUUCUUCCUCUGCAACCUGUCCUUGGCUGAUGCAGGGCUCACCUCCACCACAGUUCCCAAGAUGAUUGUGGGCAUCCUCACUCACAGCACAGUCAUCUCCUAUGCUGGCUGCCUGACUCAGAUGUUUGUGUAUCUCCUCUUUGCUUGUAUGGAUGACUUUCUUCUGACAGUGAUGGCCUAUGACCGGUUUGUCGCCAUCUGUCAUCCCCUGCAUUACCAGGUCAUCAUGAACUCUCGUUGCUGUGGCAUCCUCAUUUUGGUGUCCUUUGUGGCCAGUCUUUUGGAUUCCCUGCUCCAUAAUUUGAUCGUCUUACAAAGCUCCUGCUUCAAGGGAGUGGAAAUUGCUAAUUUCUUCUGUGACCCAUCUCAGCUUCUCAACCUUACUUGCUCUGACACCUUCAGCAGUGACAUAGUCACAUACAUUGUAAGCAUCAUGUAUGGCUUCCUCCCUAUGUCCGGCAUCCUCUUCUCUUACUAUAAAAUUGUGGCCUCCAUUCUGAGAAUCCCAUCUCCAGGUGGCAGGUACAAAACAUUCUCCACCUGUGGCUCUCACCUGACAGUCGUUUGCUUAUUUUAUGGGGCAGGUCUUGGUGUGUAUCUCAGUUCUGCUUUCUCACUUUCUGCUGGAAAGGGUGCCUUGGCCUCAGUGGUGUACACCGUGGUCACCCCCAUGCUCAAUCCCUUUAUCUACAGCCUCAGGAACAAGGAAAUCCAGAGAGCUAUGCUCAUGCUCUUCAAAUGA